AUGGGCAGCGGCGCUUCGAAGGCGUCGAAGGCGGCCGUCGUCGUCGAGCCGGAACAGCCGGCCGCCGAGGCGCCGCAACUCGACGCUCGUCUACCGUAUCCGAAUUUUCGCGAGUUGUUCACCCUCAAAAAUUAUUGGAAGACGGUGCGUCGAAACGAGAAGGAGUGCGGCAAGACGAUGUUCGCCAAAUAUCUCAACGAUUUUCCGGAGAACAAGGAGCUCUACGGCAAAUUGAGAAACGUCAAGGCCGACACGGUCGACAUGAAUUGCAGCGAUCCGGGAUUCGAGGCGCUCGCCGCCAAUUAUCUCAAAGUGUUUGAUGACGUCAUCACCGCCGUCGAGGAGAAGCCUGGCGAUGUGCAGCAGGCGUGCGAUCGUUUGAGUUCGGUUGGAAAAAUGCACAAAACAAAAGUCGCCGGCAUGAAGGCGAUCUCGUUUCAAAACAUGGAAGAGCCGUUCAUCCAAAUGGUCAAAUUUGUGCUUCAAGACCGCUUCAACGAGAAGGCCGAGACGCUCUUUCGCAAAUUCUUCCAAUUCUGCCUCAAAUACCUCCUCGACGGCUUCAACAGCUAA